CCGGGAAAGCGAAAGUGUCCUUCCCUUUUCUCCGGUUAGGAUUUGAUUGCUGUGAAGGGAAUCCCUAGACAAAGCUUUAGAGAUUGAGCCCUAUGGAGAAAGUGUUGUGCUCUGCUCACGGAUUUCCCUGUUUUUUGAAGACUGGAAACAGAGAUGGCCCAAGUAAAGGCAAAAGCUUUUAUAUCUGUGGAAUCCAAAAUCAGGAGCCAUGCGGCUUUGUGCUCCCCACUGAUCUUUCUCCUUCUCAUUGCUUGGUGCAUGAAGAAUAUAUAGUGGAGCUGCAAGUUUUGGUUAAGCAAGCAAAAACAGACCUGUACAGAUUGUUUUAUCGAUGCAGUAAAGGUAAAACCGAAGGGAAAAAAAUGUGUGGAAAUGUCCCCUGGCAGGAUUCAAAUGCCAGUGAACUGCCAGCUCAUCCACAAUCUCAGCAUACUUUGGAAUUGCUGCAUGAUCGUACAAAUGAAAGAAACCCAUUCAAAGUUUCCAGCAGGAAUCACAAGCAAUUUCCUUACAAAAAAAUGAAUGAAGAUAGAGACAGAAAUUCAGGAGAAAAAGAAAAUCAGAAAAGAAAUGUUCAGACCUCUGAUGGAGAACAGCCACCCAAUUCACAGACUUUGUCUAUCAAGAAGGAAUUUUCAUCAGCUGUGCACAUAAAAAACAAAGAUUUUGAAGACAAACAUGAAGGUUUAUCCAGAGAAGAAACAAAAACGGAAAUAAAAUCACAUGAGCCUCAGACUGAAAGCAAAAAAACAUUAGAUACACAUAAAAGUAAUUUGAGCAAAAGAUUUGAGAUGUCUUCUAGCCACAUGCAAGAGGAUUCAUCUUUGAGGUUUACUAAACAUGAUUUGCUGAAAAAUGAAAAUCUAAAACAAUCAUUGUCAAGCGUCAGCCACACAUCAAGCAUAAAACCUAUUAAUGGAGAAAAACUUGGAAAUGAUGAAUCAGAAACAUGUAGAAGCAAAACAGUUACGAUGAAAAAAAGUAGCAACUGGAAAACAGAAGAAAAAACACUGCUACCCAAAGAGUUUGUGACUAUUCAGGAACCAAGAAGCUUCUCAGUAGAACUUGCUGGAGACAGUAUAGCAAAAAAACCAAUACUAUUUGAGACGGAGAAAACUCCAGAAGAGCAAAAGUGUACAGAGAAACAUUUGGACAGUGAUAAACAAGAAACACUGGUGUCGUUCAAUGAGCAGGCAAUUGAUUCCCAGCAAGGAAAGGAUUGCAUUCAGAAAAAAUCACCUUCCAUAUUGUCUGAAGUAGCUUCUUUGCAGAUGGCUAACAGCAUGGAUAACAAAACUCUUCACAGCCAACUUUCAGCUCAGCUGAAUCAGAAGCAGGUAUAA